AUGCCUCUCUCGCUCGGCGCCGACCACCUCGCCGCGCCCGGCGCGCGCGCUCCGCCUGCGCGGGUGGGCGCGGCCAUGGGCAUGGGCAUGGGCAUGGGCAUGGACACGUCCCUCUCGCUGGGCGGUGCAGCCGCCUACCUCCCGCUCAACGAGAACGACUCCCUCGACAUGAUCCUCCUCGACGUCCUCCGCGAGGCCUCCGCCGUGGCCGCCGCCUCGCCCUCCUCCUCCUCUCCCCCGACGAAGACGGCGAGGGCCAUUGCCGCCUCUAGCCCCGACGCGAGCGAGGGCGGCGGGGCAUGCGCGGCCGGGAGGGCCGCGGAGCGGCCGCACUACCGCGGGGUGAGGCGGCGGCCGUGGGGCAAGUACGCGGCGGAGAUCCGGGACCCGUCGCGGCCCGGCACGCGCCUGUGGCUCGGCACCUUCGGCACGGCCGAGGAGGCGGCCGUCGCCUACGACCGCGCCGCGUUCCGCCUGCGCGGCGCCAAGGCGCUGCUCAACUUCCCGCCGGCCGUGGGGGCGGACGGGGCGCGCCGCGGGGGCGCCGAUGGGGCAAGGUGA